CUGUAUAUCAGCCCUAAAAUACUGGCUGUCGAUCAGGAAUCAGAAGACCCACCCCCCAAAAUCCUGUAAAAUCUAAAUCGAAAAAACGCUCAUCAGCACCGGCGAAGAUCGACGGUUCCGUUGACGAUAAGCAAACAAUUGAUGCCAUGAUUUUAUGCUGGAUCAGAGAUAUUGUGGCUGAGAUCUGCUGAUGAUGAGUGUCAUGGAUCAUGUAUCUCGAGUCUUCUUUACUUUUUGACUUUUGAGCAUAUUCUGUAACAAGAGACAAUUCCAGAUGGAAAUAUUCUCCUGUAAUUUUGUAAAUAACACAACGUUCUGGUUCUACUAUAUUGGUUUCGACAACUCUGGCUGCACUUUGAUGUUUUGAAUUGGAUUGAAGUUGUUCUUCAUAUCUCCUCUUUUUCCGCCUUUAAAUAUAUAAUCGCACUUUGUGGGGAAUUUGUAGAUUUCUGUCGAUUAUAUUGGGAAAGAGAAAGACUUGAACUUUUUGAUUCUGGUUGCUUGAUCACCUGAAUUCUGGAAACUCUGCCUACACUGUCAACUAUGGAAAGCUUAGCGCAACUGGAAGCAUUGUGUGAGAGGCUUUACAAUUCACAGGACUCUGCCGAACGUGCUCAUGCAGAGAAUACUUUGAAAAUCUUUUCGAUGAAUGCUGAUUACAUUUCACAAUGCCAAUACAUUCUGGAUAAUGCCUCAACUCCAUAUGCACUGAUGUUGGCUAGUUCAAGCUUGUUGAAGCAAGUGACAGAGCAGCGGCUACCUUUGCAACUGCGGCUUGAUAUUCGACUCUAUCUGAUAAGCUAUCUGGCCACCAGAGGUCCUGAUUUGGAGCCCUUUGUAAUUGGAUCCAUAAUUCAACUCUUUUGUCGGGUUAUAAAGUUUGGGUGGUUGGACGAUGAUAGCUUCAGGGACGUGGUCAAGGAGUCAAUGAACUUUUUGAAUCAGUCAACAUUCCACUACGCCAUUGGCCUGAAGAUUUUGAACCAACUCAUUAGUGAAAUGAAUCAGCCAAAUCCAGGAUUGUCUUCGACCCAACAUCGCAAGGUAGCUUGCUCCUUCCGGGAUCAAUCACUUCUCCAGAUUUUCCGAAUAUCUCUGACUUCACUAUGUCAAAUUAAAAAUGAUGUUGGAAGCAAGUUACAAGAACUGGCUCUUUCAUUGUCUCUCAAAUGUCUAUCAUUUGAUUUUGUGGGAACGUCAUUUGAUGAAAGUUCAGAUGAUUUUGGGUCUAUUCAGAUUCCAGCUUCCUGGAAGCCAGUCAUUGAAGAUCCCUCGACACUGCAAAUCUUUUUUGAUUACUAUGCAAUCACCAAACCCCCUCUAUCAAAGGAGGCUUUGGAGUGCUUGGUACGUCUGGUUUCCGUAAGAAGAUCUCUGUUCACAAAUGAUACGAUGCGCCUUAAAUAUUUAGCUCACCUAAUGACGGGAACAAAAGAAGUUAUGGAAACGGGGAAAGGUCUGGCUGAUCAUGAUAAUUACCAUGAGUUUUGUCGUCUUCUCGGCCGCUUUAAAGUGAAUUACCAGUUGUCAGAGCUUGUGAACAUGGAGGGCUACAGUAGUUGGAUAAGUUUAGUAACAGAGUUCACAUUGAAGUCUCUACAGUCAUGGCAGUGGGCAAGCAGCAGUGUAUACUACCUUCUUGGGUUAUGGUCUAGAUUGGUGACAUCUGUACCUUACUUGAAGGGCAACGCACCUGUCCUGCUAAAUGAAUUUGUGCCUAAGAUCAUAGAACAUUUUAUCUCAUCAAAAUUUGAUUCUAUUCAGGCUGGUUUAUCUGAUGAUCUCUCAGAGGACCCACUUGACAAUGUUGAACUCCUUCAGGAUCAGCUUGAAUCGAUUCCUUACAUUUGCAGAUUCCAGUAUGAGAGUUGUAGCACAUUUAUAAUGCAGAUUAUGGAUCCGAUCUUGCAGUUGUAUAUGGAAGCGGUAAACCUCCCUGCCCUUGCAGAUAAUAGUGAACUUGUUAUCAUUGAAGCCAAACUUGCUUGGAUAGUGCAUAUAAUUGCAGCCAUUCUUAAGACAAGGCAGCUUAGUGGAUUGAGUGCGGAAUCACAUGAGAUACAUGAUGCAGAACUUUCAGCUCGUGUAUUGCGCUUGAUAAAUGUCAUUGACAGUGGAUUGCACAGUCAGAGAUAUGGCGAAGUAACCAAGCAAAGACUUGAUCGUGCUGUUCUAAUCUUUUUCCAGCAUUUUAGAAAGUCCUAUGUAGGAGAUCAGGCAAUGCAUUCUUCCAAGCAGUUAUAUGCCCGGUUAUCUGAGCUUCUUGGACUUCAUGAUCAUCUGCUCAUAUUAAACAUUAUUGUUGGGAAGAUUGCUACAAAUCUGAAGUGUUACGCUGAGAGUGAAGAGGUUAUUAAUCAUACUUUAAGUCUCUUUUCCGAAAUGGCCUCUGGGUUUAUGACUGGGAAGCUGCUUUUGAAGUUGGAUACUGUUCAGUACAUAAUUUCACAUCACAAUAGGGAGCAGUUCAAUUUCUUAGAGAAUUACAGGUGUUCUCGUUGCAGAACAACAUUCUAUUACACUAUUGGCUUAUUGGUCUUCAUGGAAGAUAACCUUUCAAAAUUUAAAUCUUCCAUGGGUCCGCUGUUGCAGGUUUUUGUGAGUUUGGAGUCAACGCCUGAUGCAGUAUUUCGUGCGGACACUGUUAAAUACGCCCUAAUAGGAUUAAUGAGGGAUCUCAGAGGCAUCGCGAUGGCCACGAAUAGUCGCCGAACAUAUGGGUUCCUUUUUGAUUGGUUGUAUCCGGCACACAUGCCACUUCUUCUGAAAGCAAUCACACAUUGGACUGAUACACCGGAGGUAACAAUCCCAUUAUUGAAAUUCGUGGCAGAGUUCGUGUUGAACAAGUCGCAAAGACUGACUUUUGAUUCAUCAUCGCCUAAUGGCAUACUGCUUUUUCGAGAAGUCAGCAAAUUAACAGUUGCAUAUGGAUCACGAAUCUUAUCUCUUCCAAAUCGUGCAGAUAUGUACACAUUCAAGUACAAGGGAAUAGGAAUUUUGUUGUCUAUCCUAUCCAGAGCGGAUGACUCCCGUUGUUGGACUUUUCUCAAGCAAGCUCAAGCGAUCGACCUCCUUAGCCAAUCGAUUUGGUGCUUUCUGGGCUCAUUCCUUUUUGGCUUUAAGUUUUUGUUGGUGCAAGCUAUUGUAAAGGCUGAAACCCAUGGUCCUGCAUAGCACUUGUUCGGUCGCUAUUUAAUAGCCUUGGGGCCUUCUUAUGCUCAUAAAACUUGGACCCUCUCUAGCCCACUUAUAUCCAUUGAGUUUCUUCACCCGAUCUUCCUUCAUUACCACUCCAUUAGCCCACCGAACUUGUGCCUUGGGUUCAUUCCAACUUUGUAAGAAGUUGUGAUUUGGUUGGCCCUAACCUGCUUUUGUAAAAGCUGAAACCGGUGGCCAUAGAUUGGACUGCCUACAUCACCAUUCACGCGCCUUGGGCCCUUCUUUCCUUCAUAAAACUUAGAGCAUCUCCAACCUUUGGUUCAAACUUUGGAGAUCUCAAAUUUUUUUUGAAGGCUGAUUUGGCUUAUGACACAUUCAAAUUUGACACCCACAACAUUCUUCCUCCAUUCAUGGUGUCAAAUUUGCUCUCAGGAUCUAAGACAUCCCAAACCACUAUUUUUGGUAAUCCAAAACGCCACUUUUGCAUUUGACACCUGAUGCCAAUUUUGAAGCAAGUGGAUUGUUGUCAAAUCCUUGUAGGAUUUGACUUUGCAUUUGAAGGUAAGAUAGGAGGGGCUUAUGAUGUCAAUUUUGACAAGUGGAGCUCCACAUAAGAUUUGCCUCCUCGGCCCAAUUGCUCUUAGCCCUUAGGUCUUGUGAAGCCCAAUUAUCUACCAUUGAGUUUCUUCAUUCUUGGAGCCCAAUAUCCUCCUCCAUGAGCCUUUUCUGUUGGAGCUACUUCUGAUCUUCCAAUCCCACCUCUGCCUAACCUCACAUAUCAACCCAACCUUUCUCCCUAGCACCCCACCCCCUAGCUGUAACCCCUCCAUUUUUCAAACAACCCCUUUCUCCUCUAAGUCCCACAUUGUUCUAAUGUCCAUAUAUGAGAUCCCCUGCCCCAUGCGCAUAAUGACCAAUUUUCUCUGCUGCCUCCCUCUUCCCCUCUCCAACGCACCCUUCUCCUCACCAGAAGCAAUGGAUGUCAAUCAGAAGCCUAACCGAGGUGCCGACUCUACCUAGUCUUGACCUGAAUUGAAUGAAGCCCUCCAACUUCCAUUGACACAAGAAUAGCACUCCUUUCGCCCUUAACCAAUUCAAGUUCCAGCGUCAGACGUGUCGUCUCUGGAUCCAUCUGCACAAACCUUCCAUGGAGAUGCCUGGACUUUAAAGCUUCCAAUUCCCGCAUAUAAAUUUGGAACCCACCAAGCAAUUUGAUGCCAGGCUGACUUUCCUAUAUGGUAUGUGGCAGACUUAGUGGGACCUGGAAGACUGGAUUUCAUCACAUCUGCAUUUCGGUGCUGCAAGAACCUUGGCUGCGUCCUCUUGUAACGGCAAGAAGAUAUGUAGAAAGCCCCCUCAUCUCCAUCACAUCCACUUCUGUCGGAACUCUCUAAUGUAGGUUGACCCAAAACUGGACCCCUAGUAUGUGGUAUCCGUGAAUAACUUAGAUACACCCUUAUCCUAAUGCCAAGUUACCAUGGGAUUACGGUGAACAAGCAUCCAAGCCAUGUACAAGUUGAAGUGAAUCGCUCUCUGUAGAAGACUACUAACUUACUAUGUCCUUUUGCACAAGUGAAAGAAAUAGCUCCAUCAGUUCAACAACAACAAUUUUGCUACUGGAUUAAAGGGGGGGAAAUUGUUGUUUGGAGCCAAAUGAAAUAACAACAGAAAAAAGGGGGAUGGGUUUGGGUUUCGACAGAAAAAUCAUUUCAAGCAAACAAAAAAUGCUGCACCUAAAAGGGAGAUUGGAGCAAAUAUCUAGAGAAAAGAUUUUGCAGAGCACUUAUAUGAUCCUUGUGAAGUGUGGUUAAAGAAGAAGGAAUGAUAUAAUAGAAGGUAAGAUUAUCGUAAACUUCAACUAAGGAUUUGACUUAGAAUAAGAAAUGUGUCCAUGUUGGCAGCUGCAAGUAACUGGACAAAGGCUUUGUUGGAUGAGUACUUGCUUAGUUUUCGUACAAACUAUGGUAUCUUUUUUUGAUAAUGCAAACGUUGGGCUCAUAAAAUGUGAUUAGUAAAAAAGUAAAGAGUAUGGGCAACUUAUGUUUCAUGGUUGGUGUACUCUCUCUCUCUCUCUCUCUCUCUCUCUCUCUCUCCGUAUUUGUGUGGGUGUGUGUCUCUUUGUUAUUGGUGAUUUACUUAGUCAUUGUAGCACCUGUUUUUUCUUUUGUAUUGGAUACAAAACUAACCAGAUACCAAAUAGUAAUCAUGUACUAGCAUCU